AUGCGUCUAUCACUCCUGUUCUUCGUGGCAGCCACGGUCGCUCUGCUCUCUAGUGUCACUGCCGAGUCCGCAAACGGCGUUUCCCACCGACUCCUGAGAUCUGCGAGUAGUCCGGAGGAGUUGCGUGGCCUCAAGGCGCAAGCCGUGGAUGAGAGCGACGAUAGUGAAGAUCUGACUGAAGAACGCGGCGGCAACGGUCUCUCCAGUGCGGCGGCCAAGUGGAAGAAGAUCCGCACGAGUGUGCGUCUGAAAGAGCUUCAGGAGGCUCUGGCGAUCGCGAAAAUGGAAGUGAAAGCGGCAGCUCUGGCGGCGGCUCAAGCAGCGACGAAAGCCAAGCAGAUGGAGGCUGUGUCCAAGUUUUUGGAUGAUGCCGAGAUUGUCACGAAGAUGGCGAAAGACGCCACCUACAGGACCGACGUGUACAAGGGAUGGCACAACAUGGGCAUCGAGCCGGAGAUAGUGUUCAAGACUAUUGCCGAGUCUGGCAAGUACACUGGUGUCAAGUGGUACACUGUCGGUGAAGGCUACCUCAACCACUUGUCGGACAUUGCAAGGGCCGCUGCUAAAAAGACCACUUAA